AUGGAAACUAUAACUGUGAUUGUCCAUCAAUAUCGUAAUGAUUUCCAUCACGAUAACAGUCCACCAUCACCGCUUCCAUCAUUUCGACCAUUCGCACCAAUUACCCCCGCCACCAUAGUCACCCCACCACCACCACAACCAGAAUUGCCACAACCAGCAUCACCACAACCAUUGUCAUCACCACCAAUAUACCACCAUUUUAAUACGCUAUCACCGUCAUCAACAGCACCAUUACCACAACUCCACUACCAAUUUCAUCACCACCACCACUACACCACACCACAAGUCCACCACCACCACCACCAACAUCACACCACCGUCACUACACCACACCACCAUUCCACCAUCGUCACCACCACCCUUCACCACCACCACCGCAACUACCAUCACUUUCCUGCAUUACCACCUCUACCACCACCAGUAACACCGUCACCUCCACCAAUGUUUCCGCCACUACCUCAUUGCUACUAA